GUUUUGUGUUUGCUUUGGGAUACCUCACAGUGUGUCAAAUUACUAGAGUCUAUAUCUUUGAUUAUGGACAAUAUUCUGCUGAUUUUUCAGGCCCGAUGAUGAUCAUUACACAGAAGAUCACUAGUCUGGCUUUCGAGAUUCAUGACGGGAUGUUCCGGAAGGAUGAAGAAUUGACCCCGUCGCAGAGGGGAUUAGCUGUGAGACGCAUGCCGAGUCUCCUGGAGUAUGUAAGUUAUACCUGCAACUUCAUGGGUAUCCUGGCAGGUCCUCUCUGCUCUUACAAAGACUACAUUACUUUCAUUGAAGGCAGGCCAUCCCACAUGUCACCGUCAAGUGAGAAUGGAAAGGAAGAGGCACAGCAUGAAAGAGCAGAUCCAUCUCCAAACGCAGCAGUCACGGAGAAGCUCCUCGUCUGUGGACUCUCUUUGUUGUUUCAUUUGACCAUCUCCAAUAUGCUACCCGUGGAGUACAACAUUGAUGAGCAUUUCCAAGCCACUGCCUCAUGGCCAGCCAAAGCCAGCUAUCUGUAUGUCUCUCUUCUGGCUGCCAGACCUAAGUACUAUUUUGCAUGGACCUUAGCUGAUGCCAUUAACAAUGCUGCAGGCUUCGGUUUCAGAGGAUAUGACAGGAAUGGAGUGGCUCGUUGGGACUUAAUUUCCAAUUUGAGAAUCCAGCAAAUAGAGAUGUCAACAAGUUUUAAGAUGUUUCUUGAUAACUGGAAUAUCCAGACAGCUCUUUGGCUCAAAAGGGUGUGUUAUGAACGAGCGACCUUUAGUCCAACAACCCAGACGUUCUUUCUCUCUGCCAUUUGGCAUGGGGUCUACCCAGGAUACUAUCUGACGUUUCUAACAGGCGUGCUAAUGACAUUAGCAGCUCGUGCUGUGAGAAGUAACUUUAGACACUACUUCAUUGAACCCCCUCAACUUAAGUUAUUUUAUGACAUCAUAACAUGGGUAGCAACGCAAAUAACAAUAAGUUACACGGUUGUACCGUUUGUACUUCUUUCUAUAAAACCAUCAUUCAAAUUUUACAGCUCCUGGUAUUACUGCCUUCACAUCUGCAGUAUCUUAGUGUUGCUGUUGCUGCCGGUGAAAAAAAUCUCCAAGGGGAAAGAGCACACAGGAAAUGUUCGGCUCUCACGAGCCAAGAAGUUUGACGAAAGAGAAAAUUCUCUAGGACAAAACAGUUUUUCCAUGACAAAUAAUGUUUGCACUCAGAACCAAGACAUUGCCUCUAGACACUUGUCACUAACACAGUGACUGGGAGAGCGCAUGAUGGCUGUUUCCCGCCUGUGAACAGAAACCAGUCCUGAUGCCUUUCCAGAGACAAACUGGGUGGAAACGGGACAGUCUCAGAGAGGGGAUUUCCUGUACACCAGAUUGGAAACGGAGUGAAAUAACCCUUCCCAUGCCAAUGUUCCUGUGGGUCACGCCUUACACAAAAUCUUUCCAUGUUUCAAUAGGGCACUCAGACAUCAGCGUAUGCCCUCCAGGUCAUAUGUAUGCCCUGUUGUUGAAUGUACACUGUGUAUCCCAAGGCACUGAAGAGCUGGAAAAAUGAUCAUAUGUCAAUCUGGAUGAUUGAAAGGUUAACUGUUUCCAAAUGAAUGUCUUGCCUUAAACCUUCUGUUUCCUAAAAUGUUGGCAAUGUGAUAUUUUAGGCUUAUUUUCUUAAGAAAAAAAAUAGUGAGAGGGAAGAUGAGAUGAAGAAAGCACUGUGUGGUCCAGAGCCAGGACCAGAGGCUUCCCCCUUUCGUGCCCAAGAUCAGUGUGACUGUGUGGGACACAGAAAGACUAAUAAGGUGGUAAUACUGUGGACUUUAUGAAGAAAUUUCUCAAGCAUAAAUUACAUAGAAUUAGAAGAGAUUAUGAGUAACAGUGGUAGAUUAUUUGAAGAUUUUGAAAGAGAUCUCCAGUGAUUAAGGUUAUUGUAUGGUUCAUUGGUUUCUUGUCCUUGUCAUUUUCAUUGCUAUUUGGGAAAGAUUUAGGGGGGAAAAACUUAGUUGCUGAGCCUAAAUGACAUUUUUAAAAAAUUAAUAAAUUAGUUUCUACAUUCUUUAA